GGUCACAGCAGUAAAAGAUCCCGGUCAUGAGUAGGAAACCGCAGGUGGUUAGUUAAACUGCUUCAAAUGUCUGUUUUGUUGGCAGUCGGCGCGUAAGUGCAUAUAAUGUAAACAACACCAAUCAAAAGUUAUCCAGGAAUAAUGCGAUGGUGUAUUGUAUGUGUUUAAAUAAAUUUGUUUAGCUGACCAUUGAUAGCUUCGCUACGCAAAAGCUGCAGGUGCCUGUCACUCUUUAGCGUCGCCCAUGGCAUGCCUACAGGAGCACGGCUGUUUUCGGAAAGACUCGGUACAGCGUAUCUUUCUUUUAUAAAUCUGAUAAAACUAAAGACUUUUCGGAGAUGUGAAGGAUGAUAUACUACUCUAUAGGUACUCAAGAUUAACAUGAGAUUGGCCGAAACUGUGUGUGUUAUGUACCUUUUAAAGAAUGUCCCAUUGUUAUUUCUGCAGACUGAGAUUGUGUAACUUGUCAAAUGAAGGUUGUGCAGCUCUAACUUCAGCUCUGAGAUCAAACCCCUCACACUUGAGAGAGCUUGAUCUGUCUGAGAAUGAAUUCGGAGAUGCAGGCAUACAAUUUCUCUCUGAUGGACUCAGGAAUCCUCUUUGUAACCUGAAGAUAUUAUGGCUGAGGGAGUGUGAUAUAUCAGAUGAAGGUUGUGCUGCUCUGGCUUCAGCUCUGACAUCAAAUCCCUCACACAUUAAAGAGCUGGAUCUGUCUAAUAAUAAACUCACAGAGACAGGCACUGACCUGCUCACUGCAAUAAAGUUCAAUCCACACUAUAAACUGGAGAAAUUACACUUCAUUUGAAGAGUCCAGCUAAGAAGUGACUGAUAAAGUGGAUUUGUUGCUGCAGUAAAGCUGUACCAGUGACUGAUACACAGCGUUUUAAUUCUUCAACUUACUUUCCAAAGUACAUGAAGAUCCAUUAGUUUUGAGCUGAAAUUAACUUGAUUUUGAUGAUUCUUUUGAUAUAGUCUGACCAUAUUGUGGUGGUGAUGGAACUAUUUUUUGAAUGUUUCAGAUUCUCUCCAGCAGAUGGCGAUAUGCUCAUUAUAAAUAUGUAAACAUGAAUGUUCUCUAUGAAAUUUCCCUGGGGGUUAAAUGAUCUUUACCAUUUAGUUAUUUAUGCAUUAAAAAUAGGUUUUGUGCUUAUUUUAUAUUGUAAAUGUUGCAGAUUGGUAUAAAGCUGCAAUGUGCAGUUACUUCCAAUUGUUGUCAAUUAUUAUUAUUAUUAUUAUUAUUUAUUUUUUUUUUUUAGAUAAAAAGGUUGUCUUUUUAUUAUCAUUAAAAUAUUUGUGUAUAAACAAGACAUGUUGAAGGAAAAAAAAUAAGCUGUUUUUCUGGCAAUUCAAAUUAUGUGAAUUAAAGAGAAGAUUUACCAUCAUUUUUAACAUUAACUUUGUAUUCUUCUCUCAAGGACCAAUGGUUUGUUUUAAUGUUGCUAUGGUUUGUACUGCCUUUUAUAUGGCAGGUAUAAUAGUGUAUGCCCACUGAGCUAAUAUUUGAAUGAAAAGUAUCUAUAGCAAUCAGAAAGUUAAAAAAAGAAAGUGUGAAAGAAAACAUCAUGCUCAGGAAGAGGUUAUUUUUUAGUUGUGGUUAUUUUUUAGUUUUAUGCAUUCAUUAAUGUGUUUUGUAGUUUGUUUUGUGUGUUUUAGUAGUUUCAGUAACUGUUGCAAAGCAAACAAAAGCUGUCCUGGAAUGAGUGGAGCGGAGCCACAGAUAUUUUCCAUCUUCUGAUCAAAGCGAUCCGUGGCCAGUCAAACCACUACAGGUUUUCAAUGUUUCUACCUGAAACUGGUCUGUCUUGUAUUUCUGCCAGUUGUUUACCUGCAUACUCUGAUCUCGGGGAUGAGGGUGGGUGUGGUGCUCUGAGAGCUGUCAGACAAGUGAACAGAAAUGAAAGUUAGAAAUUGCCUGAAAACAUCUUCGGUGACUGAUUUGCGGGGUUGUUGCCAUCUGGGCUAGAGAAUAUAUCUGUUUUACACUAAAUCAAGGUAAAGAAUGAAGUUCUGUUCCUAAAGAUAAUGCUCUCAUUAACAAAGAUGCCAAAAGUCAUUAUAGCUGGAAUGAGUUCUGAAAAUGUUGUUACUGAGGCCAACUACACAAUCUAGCAGGGGAGAUCAGAUUUAACAAGACCCGAUCAUAGGAGUAAUCAUUCAAUGGAUCAACUUCAGGUUAAAAAGACUCUUCUUGAGCCCAGCUCAGUACAGAUGGGGAGAUCAGCAUCUCCAACUCCCAGCCAUGAGUCCAUGAGGAGUGAUCUGUCAAUGAAUAAUCCAUUGGAUUUAAAAGAAUCCAGCUCAGUGCAGAUGGGGAGAUCUUCUCCAUGUCCCAGCCAUGAGUCCAUGAGGAGUGAUCUGUCAAUGAAUAAUCCAUUGGAUUUAAAAGAAUCCAAAAGCUCAGUGCAGAUGGGGAGAUCUUCUCCAUGUCCUAGCCAUGAAUCAAUGAGGAGUGAUAUGUCAAUGAAUAAUCCAUUGGAUUUAAAAGAAUCCAGUAAUGCCUCACUCCUCAAAUUAAAUCUGAGGAGCAUUUUCCAGUGUUUGCGUGAAGGGAUGUCAAAAAACAGUGCCCUCAUACCUCUCAAUGAGAUUUACACUGAGCUCUACAUCACGGAAGGUGGAAGUGGAGUGAUCAGUAAUGAACAUGAGAUCAGAUGGAUUGAAACUGUGUUUAGGAGAAGAAUGACAGAAGAUACUCAAAUCAACCUGAAUGACAUAUUCAAACCCUUACCUGGACAAGAUCAACCCAUCAGAACUGUGCUGACUAAAGGAGUUGCUGGCAUUGGAAAAACAGUCUCUGUGCAGAAGUUCAUUCUGGACUGGGCUGAAGGGAAAGCAAAUCAAGACAUCUAUCUCAUAUUUCCACUUCCUUUCAGAGAGCUCAAUUUGCUGAAGGACCAAACAUACAGUCUUAAAGAUCUUCUACAUUUUUUCAUGGGCAUAAAACAACUGGAAAUCUCUCCAAAUGAAGGUAAAAUCAUUUUCAUCUUUGAUGGUUUGGAUGAGUGUCGUCUGUCUCUGGAUUUUCAGAACAACGUGAGGUUGUGUGAUGUGACUAAAUCAGCUUCAGUGGACGUGCUGCUGACAAACCUCAUUGUGGGGAAUCUACUUCCCUCUGCUCUCAUCUGGAUCACCUCCAGACCAGCAGCAGCUGAUCUCAUCCCCUCUGAGUGUGUUGAUCGAGUGACAGAGGUACGAGGCUUCAGUGACCCACAGAAGGAGGAAUACUUCAGGAAGAGAAUCAGAGAUCAGAGUCUGGCUGAACAAAUCAUCUCACACCUGAAGUCAUCGGGGAGCCUCUACAUCAUGUGCCACAUCCCAGUGUUCUGCUGGAUCUCAGCCACUGUCCUAGAAAAGAUGUUGAGUGGAGCAGAGAGUGGAGAGAUUCCCAAGACUCUCACUCAAAUGUACACUGACUUCCUGAUCCUUCAGACUAACAUCAAACAUGAGAAGGACUAUGAGAAGAAAGUGAAACCCGAGGACAUGAUUCUCAAACUGGGUAAACUAGCUUUUCAGCAGCUGGAGAAACAGAAUCUGAUCUUCUACGAGGACGAUCUUAGAGAAUUUGGCAUUGAUGUGCAAGAAGCAGCUGUGUACUCAGGAUUGUGCACUCAGAUCUUCAGGGAAGAAUCAGGGCUGUUUCUGGAGAAAAAAGUCUACUGCUUUCUUCAUCUGAGCGUUCAGGAACAUCUAGCAGCUUUAUAUGUGCACCUUUCCUUUGUGAAUCAAAACACAAAUGAAUUAGACCAACCAGGUAUUCUACUCAAAUUUCUGCCUUGUGCUGCACAAAGUUCAAUAUUUGACCUCCACCAGAGUGCUGUUAAGAAAGCUCUGCAGAGUACCAGUGGACAUCUGGACCUUUUCCUUCGUUUCCUUUUGGGCAUGUCACUGGAGUCCAAUCAGACUCUCUUACAAGGCCUACUGACACAGACGGAAGGCAGCUCUGACGACAAAGAGCAAAUAGUUAAGUUCAUAAAGGCGAAGAUCAAAGACAAUCCUCCUACCGAGAAAUUAAUCAAUCUGUUCCACUGCCUGAACGAACUGAAUGAUCAUGACCUAGUGGAGGAAAUACAGCAUUAUCUAAAAUCUGGGUCAAGAAUAAAUACCACACUGACAGCCUCGCAGUGGUCAGCAGUGGUCUUUGUAUUACUGACCUCGGGGCAAAAACUAGAUGUGUUUGAUUUAAAUGAAUACAUCGGGACACUCGUCUUGGCAGAUGAAUGUCUUCAUAGGCUACAGCCGGUGCUUGAAGCAUCCAGAACUGCAAUGCUUUGUAAGCAUAACCUGACAAGGAAAGGUUAUAGCGCCUUAGUUUCUGCUCUCACCUCAAAGACUUCAUGUCUGAAAGAGUUGAACCUGGCUAAAAGUAAUGUAAAUGAGUCAGAACUGAAGCAACUCUGUGCUGGACUGGGAAAUCCUCAGUGUCAAUUGGAGAGACUGAGACUGGAGUCUUGUGGUAUUUCUGAUAAAGGUUGCACUUUUCUGGCUUUGGCUCUGAGAUCAAACCCCUCACAUUUAAAAGAGCUGGAUCUGUCCAAAAAUAAAAUCAGUAACUCUGGAUUGAAGAUUCUUUCUGCUGAAUUGCAGAAUCCUCUUUGUAAACUAGAACUACUGUGGAUGAGACUUUGUGGUGUCACAGAUGAAGGUUGUGCUUCUCUGGCUUUGUUUCUGAAAUCAAACCACUCACACCUAAGAGGACUGAAUCUGUCUGGGAAUAAACUGGGAGAUUUGGGAAUUAAAAACCUCGCUGAUGGACUAGAGAAUCCUCACUGUAAGCUGGAGAUACUGAGGUUGAGAGACUGUAGUAUCACUCAUGAAGGUUGUGUAGCUCUGGCUUCAGCCCUAAGAUCAAACCCUUCACAUCUGAAGGAACUGGAUUUGUCUGGGAAUAAACUCAGAAACAUUGGCCUAAAGAGGCUCUCUGGUGAACUGGAAAAUUCAGACUGCAAUCUUGAGAUACUCAGAUUAAACAAUUGUGACAUCACUAGUGAGGGCUGCGCUGCUCUGGCUGAAGUUUUGAAAUCACAUCCUUUAAGCCUGAGAGAGCUGGAACUAGGUUGGAAUAAACUGGGUGACUCGGGUGUGCAGCCACUCUUUGCUGCAUUGGAGAAUCCAAACUGUAAAUUGAAAGUUCUGCGACUGAGAGAUUGCAAAAUUGCAGAGGAAGGUUGUGAUGCUCUGGCUUCAACACUGAAAUCAAACCCCUCACACCUGAGAGAGCUGGAUCUUUCUCAAAAUAAACUGAGAACCUUAUGGGUGAAAAUGCUCUGUACUGCUCUGGAAAAGCCUGACUGUAAUCUGGAGAUACUGCGUUUGGAAUAUUGUGGUCUCACAGAUGAAAGUUGUGCUGUUCUGGCAUCAGCUCUAAGAUCAAACCCAUCACACCUGAGAGAGCUGGAUCUGUACAGGAACAACCUCGGAGAUUCAGGAAGGCAGCUGUUGUCUGCUCUGAAGGAUGACCCAAACUUUACACUGCAAAAACUACAACUGCAAACGCUGCAAUAUUAAUCACAUCAUUAUUCGUAGAUACCCCGUUUUUAAAUAAAUAAGAUUGUGUUAUUCUUCUGUAUUGAAAUGAUCCUUGCAUGUCUGAACAUGUAAAGAGAUUGAUUAUGCGUCUUUGCACUGAGCUUAAUUUUGUAUGACUGAUAAGUUGACUCCAGUGACUGUUGUCAAGCUAAACACUGUCAGAUUUCCACUUCUUCAUGCUACAAGGUUGCAGACAAAUCAUGAGAAAUGGAUGUGAAACAUGGACAAGGUGCGAGUUGUAUGUGAGUCCUCACACUGGGAAGGAUGAAUCAAGAAAGGACUAGCUACCUAGAUAUUACUGCACUUUACUGUUUAUUAAUUUUAUUGUUUACCUUUUUUUUACGUUUCUGAUGUAUUGCUAUCUUUACUGGAAAUGCAAGCUGUUAAUUUGUCUGUAUGAGCUAAACAGAUAUGGGUGUAAUGGGGUUUACGUUUAAAAUCAUGUAUUCAAAGCUGUUUGUCAACAAUGCAUUAGCGCAAAAGAGGAGAAUCCUGGCAGAAGUUGGCAAUGGUAGUGAAAGUAUUGUUUUAUGGAAUCACGAGUGAUUCAACACUACCCAAAAUUAUACCCGUUACAAACGUAGGGGGAGAGUGGGGUAAGAUGAGCCAGUGGGUAAGUUGACCCACCCCCUGUAUCUUGGCAACUGUACCAUUUUAUUGUCAUGUGACCAUAUAUUUUAGAACCACCCAUCAUUUCUGCCAGACUGUGAAAAGGAUAAGCAUAUGGGAGGAGUAGAAGUCACUUAUUUACUUUAAAAACUGUUUUUGGCUUGUCAAAGUAAAAUUUGAACAUAACAGAUGUAAUGGCUGUUUCAUCAAAGCAAAUUUGUCCAGGUCUAAAACUAUUUAUGAUGCAUACUGGUGAUUUAGCAACGUAUAAAACCAUGCAAGUCAUUUAGCUAAAUAUUAUUCUGAAUUGGUAAGCUAGCUAGCUUUUCCUAAAAUGGCAGCUAUGGGGCAAAGUGAGCCAAAUUUAAGAAUUUAAGUUAAAACUGAAGUAUACACUGGUGUCAUUUCAAUGUAAUAUUACGCAACCUGGUUUAGUUUAUCUUUAUUUUCGAGUUUAUUUGAUAGGAAUAGUGUACAAGUACACCAAAUCCUUCUCUGAUACAAACCAGAGAAUGUUUAAUCAUAUAUAUCUUUCCACCUGUAGUCUCUAAUGGCCUAACAUGGUCGACAUUGCAGAAAAACUACCAUGUCAAGAACCUUUUGACUAAAAUGUUCAUUAGUUUCAGUGACAUUUAUUCAUUCUUAUUUAGUUUUUAUUUAAUUUUACUCAACAAACUCUCUGUUUAGUCUGUUUAUGGGAAGGUUACAACUUUGAUGUUCAACAUAUUGUUUCAGAAAGGCAAACAAUUAAAGAUACUUCAUUUGGUUGGUUUUAUGUUGUUUAAUUUAGCUUUAAAAAAAGAAAUAUUUGUGAAAUAUUUUUACAAAGAAUAUUUGUAAAAGGAAAUUUGAUUAUUAAAUUAGUUUUUAAAAUAGGUACAUUAUCUUUAAAAUUUCACAUGGGUUUGAUUCAGAUUCAGUUAGAUGGUCAGUUUACACCCACCUACUGACUCGGCUCAACUUACCCCUAACCUGGGGUAAAUUGAACCAGAGGAACACUUUUUUUU